CUCCUGGGAGUGUUUGUGUGAGACCACUGCGGAUCUAUUCUGAAAUAUCCCAGAACACUGAAAGGACUCAUGGACCAAUAAGACUUUGGGAUUUUUUUAAAAUGAAAUGCAAACAGGAGACCUGAUGACCACAACGGGGACAAUGCAUAGUAUAACUUAUUUCAGAGGACUUAUUUGUAUGUGUCUGUCUACAUUUAUAUGAUUUUCAAGCUGUACUCUAAUUCGAUUCGAUUCAUUCUUUUUAUUUUUAUUUCUGGUAUUAAUCUGUCAUUUCUCUGGCACCAGGAUCCAGUCUGGAGGUUCCCAAAUGAUCUCCGUACGAGGCAUUGUUGGAUCUGUGUUGAAUACAAACACAGCUAAAUCUUUAUGAACUUUUCUACCACAGAGUGAGGAUCAAUUUAUGCUGAAACAAAUCCUGACACAAAACCUCUUAACCUGUCUCUAAUUUUUGUAUUUUUGCAAACACACACACACACACACAAAAACACACUCCUUCACGUGACUCUGUUAAAUAAUGUGUGUGCGUGUGUCUGUCUAAUGGCACAGUAAACAUGGUGAUCACUUGGCUUCUGGAAUCGUCUCUCCUGCUAUGUCUUCCUAUACUUCUCCAGUCGGCUAAAAUCCUGACUGUCACGCUUAUCGGGGGAAGCCACUACCUGUUAUUAGAUGAAAUCUCUCAUAACCUCCAUCAGCAAGGUCACCAGGUCCGCAUGCUCUUACAGCUGGGCACCCCUCUCAUAACAGGCUUUUCCUAUGCAGGUCGUAAUGACAGUUACCAAACCACCACCUGGUCGUUGGGAGAUAAAUACAUCCAAGCGUAUAACGGCUGGUUCCUGGAGCAACAGAAACAGUUUCUACUGGGCAGCGAUAGCUUUGGUGAUUUCCUCAAGUUCAUGGACCACCUGUCCUACCAGUGCGCUCAGCUCCUGGCCGACGAGGACCUGCUGGCCUUCCUCCGGGCGCAGCACUACGACAUGGCCGUCAUCGACGCCUUCAACCCCUGCUCCUUCAUCCUCGCACGCAAACUCGGGGUCCGUCAUGUGGCCUUCUAUCCUGGGGGUCUGAACGGGCCCCUGUCCCUCUCCCUGCCCAGCCCUGUCUCCUACGUGCCGCUCUUCGGCUCCCAGCUCUCCCACCAAAUGAGUUUCUGGGAGCGAGCAAAGAACCUGCUCUUGUAUCUGGUGGCUCCCAUAGGUCAGGAGGUGAUUUGGUCCAGGUUUAAGGAGGUAGCAGAACGACACCUGGACUCAGGCUCGCCCCCUGGUGGUUUGGAGGAGCUGUACCAGAAGGCCGAGCUCUGGGCCUUUAACACAGACUUUUCACUGGAGUUCCCCCAGCCCCUGCUGCCAAACACCGUGCUAGUAGGAGGGCUGCUCAAUAAGCCUUCCAAGCCCCUGGAUCAGGAGCUGGAGGCGUGGGUGUCUGGAUGUGGCGAGGCGGGCUUUGUGGUGGUGACCCUGGGCUCCAUGGUGUCCUCGGUGUCUGUGGAGCGUCUGCUGGUGGAGUUGACCGCCGGCUUCUCAAGCCUCCAGCAGGGGGUUCUCUGGAGGUAUGAUGUUCAGCGAUGGCCGUCCCACCUGGAAACGCCUCCCAACGUCCGGCUGGUGGCCUGGUUGCCGCUGAAUGACUUGCUAGGUCACCCUAAAGCGCGCCUCUUCGUCACCCAUGGCGGUCAGAACAGCCUCCUGCAGGCGGUGUACCACGGCGUCCCCGUGCUGGCCAUCCCUCUGUUUGGGGACCAGUUUGACAACGUGGUGAGGGCGGAGGCCAGGGGGCUGGGCCUCAGCCUGAGACCCGCCCACGUCACCAGGGAACGGUUGGGGGCCGCCGUCCAAACCCUCACACAGCACGACAGGUUUAAAACAUCCGCCAUGCUCCUCAGGAGGAUCCACCAAUCACAGCCUGUGCCUCCAGCCCUGAGACUCACACGGUGGGUGGAGCAUAUCCUACACAGUGGUGGAGGGGCUCACCUGCAGCCAAUGUCAUACAUCCAGCCGUGGUACCAGAGAUGGCUUCUGGACUUACUGCUGCUUUUCUCCCUGGUGCUGCUGGGACCUGUAGUUCUCUGCUGGGCAAUGGUUAGGAUAGGGCGAGCCAGGGAGAUACACAGAAAAACUCAAUAACAUUACAUACGAUUUUAACUAUUGUGUACCUCUCCUGUGUGUUUUGUUUCCAAUUCAUGAUACACUGUUGGAUCGUAUGAGUUAAUAUUAUGUAUCAAAUCGGAAUUACUAUAUAUAAAUACAAGUGGAUUUGAAGUGAAUAGUAAGGACAUUUGUAUUGUUUUUUUCCAAUCAAGUAAAUCCUACUUUUUAAUGAUUUCCUCGAAUAUUAGAAUACUUUAAGGUUUUCUCAAUGAAGAGGGGACUAUUUUUUGUCCGCUCUACUUUUUUUAUAAACUGUCAUGUUAGAUUACGAAACUGUUGCGGUGAUGAUAACACGUCAGUGUUCUGACCUUGGCUGGGACCCACACACACACACACACACACACACACACACAC